UCAGCAACAAAUCUUCUCUUACAUUUUUCCUUUUUCUAAUGUAAAGCAACUAAUCACUUUAAAUCCUUCUAUACAUGAACAAAGGCUUAAUACAGUGAAAUACCCACCGUAGAAUCAAAGAACAAAAUAAAAAAAUAUACAGGCAAAACGAAAAAAUGUCGAAACAGGCGUACAAGUUCUGGUGCUGUCCUCGGCGUAUGUUCAAGCUUAAAAUGGCAGUGCCUCCAGAGGAUAUUGUAAACUUGUUCAACGAGUAUUCUGACAAUGGAGUGAUGAACAUCGAAGGACUUCAUAGAUUUUUGGUAGAAUUUCAAGGAGAAAAUAAGGCUACACUUGAUCAUGCUCAAGCUAUAUUCAAUAGUCUUACACAUCACCAUGUUUUUCAUAGGAGAGGCCUUCACCUUGAUGCCUUCUUCAGAUAUCUUUUUGGAGAGUUAAAUCCUCCUCUAGCACAUAUUGGGGUGCAUCAUGAUAUGAAAUCCCCACUGGCUCACUAUUUCCUGUACACAGGCCACAAUUCCUACUUGACGGGGAAUCAGCUCAGCAGCGCGAGCAGCAUUGAGCCGAUCACCAAGGCUUUAAAGAACGGUGUCAGGGUCAUCGAGUUAGACUUGUGGCCCAACUCGAAAAAGAACGAUGUGGAUGUUUACCAUGGAGGGACAAUGACUUCUCCUGUGAAACUUAUAAAGUGUUUGGAAGCAAUCAAGGAGAACGCUUUCUGUGCUUCAGAAUACCCUGUCAUUAUUACAUUUGAAGAUCACUUGGACUCAUUUCUUCAGGCUAAAGUUGCCCAGAUGGUCACUACAACAUUUGGAAACAUGCUCUUUCCAGGCAUGGAUUUUGCAGAAUUCCCUUCACCGGAAUCUUUGAAGCGAAAGAUUCUAAUAUCAACCAAACCACCCAAAGAAUCCCAUGACAGGCUGAAGGAAGAAGAAUCUAAUGAACAAAAGGUUAAAGAUUCUAGUGAUUUUUCAGAACCAACAUUGAGAGAUAAAGAAUAUGCACAUAUUGAGCAAAAUGGUAUGGAAGAAGAAGAAGAAGAGGAGGAAGAAGAAGCUGUUAUUCCUGAAUAUAGAAACUUAAUUUCCAUUCAUGCUGUGAAGAGAAAAGGUGGGUUAGAAAACUUGCUCAAGGGCGAGACAAAAAGAGUUGCGCGUCUGAGUCUGGUAGAGCAGAAGCUGGAAAAUGCUGUAAGGACUAGUGCAAGUGAUAUCAUCCGAUUCACUCAGAAGAACCUGCUUAGGGUAUACCCAAAGGGUACGCGAAUUUUCUCUUCAAAUUACGAUCCUUUCAUUGGUUGGGCACACGGAGCUCAGAUGGUUGCGUUAAAUAUGCAGGGAUACGGGAAGUACCUAUGGAUUAUGCAAGGAAUGUUUAGAGCAAACGGGGGAUGUGGCUAUGUGAAAAAGCCAGAUUUCCUCCUGAACCUCGAACCAAAUAACGAGGUUUUCAAUCCUGGAAUAAGAGGGCAAGUCAAGAAAACCUUAAAGGUAAAGAUAUACAUGGGGGAAGGAUGGCAUUUGGAAUUCCAUCACACACAUUUCAACCCAUUUUCGCCACCAGAUUUUUUCACCAAGCUUCAUAUAUUGGGAGUCCCAGCUGAUAAAAAGAAGGUGAAGACGAUUGCUGUUGGAGAUCAGUGGGUCCCACACUGGAACGAGGAGUUCGAGUUCCAGAUAACAGAACCUGAACUCGCCCUCUUGAGAAUUGAAGUUCGUGAUUACAGCAUGAGUCGAAGGCAUGACUUUGGCGGCCAAACUUGCUUGCCUGUGUCAGAGCUUCGGAGUGGCAUCCGAGCAAUUCCGUUAUAUAAUAAGAAAGGAGAGAAAUACAAGUAUGUUAAACUUCUUAUGUGGUUUCAAAUUACUGAAAAAUAACUUACUCUAGCCUUGUGCCUUACAGUCACAGAUCUGCAAGACUGCUUAUGGUCUUUCAGCUUGACUGACAGCAUCAUUUGCUGAUUUUCUGAUCUUGUGUACCAACAUCAGGUGUAUCUAAGAGGAAGCAUUUUCUAUGAAAUCUUCAAAAGAGGAUAAUUAAUAAAAGUUUGGUUAAUGAUUAUUCAA